AUGUUCGUGUCCAAGAGUGGAGGCCGAAUCGCACACUUCGAAGAAGAGGUGGACCAGCUGCCCGCAAGUGUUCGUGUCGUGGUGUUGCACUGUGGGACGAAUGACAUGCCGGACACCGAUCCGGACAUGGCCAUCCGUCGCUAUGUGCAACUCAUCGACCACAUCCGCUCUCAGGGAAACAUCGAACUUGUGUGCAAUCCCCGGGCGUUUGCAUUCAGCCAACGACUGAUGACCCUGUGCCGAAGUGCCCGGGACCUGUAUUUCCUGGACCAUGGCUUCCACCGACAGCCCCCAACCAGAGUCCUUGCAGCUGACGGCCUCCACCCCAGUUUCGAAGGAGUCACCCAGAUCGCCCACCGACUGCAGUCCCUGGUACCCCGGCUGCUCCGUCGCCUACCCACACGUUUGAUCCGCCGCGCCUGCACGCCUCCUGCGCCUGCCGCCCAGGAGCCUCCAGGGAGGCACAGGUGCAGCUUUUGCGAUUACUCCAGUCCCUACAAGGCUCGCACUACGUGCCACGAGAGAACACACACCGGGGAGAAGCCCUACGUGUGCCCAGUGUGCUCGAAAGGAUUUUCGCAAAAGUUCUCCCUGGACAGACAUCUGGUAGCGAUCCACAAGGGCCAGAGGAACUUCGCGUGCUCCGUCUGUGGGGGCGCGUUUUCCUCCAAGGACUCCCUAGACAGACAUUCCAAAGAGGUGCACGAGGACCAGAGGAACUUCUCGUGCUCCAUCUGUGUGAACCGCUCUGACCGCAGCCCCGUACUUGGCGAAGCUCCAAAGAGGCACCGGUGCAGCUUCUGUCCCUACUCCAGUGAUUACACGGCUAAUCUGAAAAUGCACAAGAGAAUUCACACUGGAGAGAGACCUUACGUUUGCCAAGUGUGCUUCAGGGGAUUUUCGCAAAAGGCCUCCCUGGACAGACAUUCGGAAGCCGUUCCCGAGUGCCAGAGGAACUACCCCUUCUCCGUCUGUCGGUGUGCAUUUAAACGGAAUCAUCAUCUACAGCGUCACCUGAGAGUGCACUUUAAAUAA